AUGGAGUUGGGAGUUUUGCUGGCUGCCCUAGCAGCAGCGUAUGUUCUUUACUGCUUCUUCCGACCCAAGGCAGGCCUGCAGUUACCCCCUGGUCCCAGGGGAAUGCCCAUAAUCGGAAAUUUGCUGGAUUUACCGCCAACAGGAAAGCAGGAAUGGCAGCACUGGCUCAAGCAUAAGACGCUUUACGGACCUUUGAGCUCGAUCUCGAUCUUCGGAACUACUUUGGUGAUCAUCAACGAUCGCAACCUUGCUCUAGAAAUUUUGGAGAAGCGCUCUGCCAAGCACUCAUCUCGACCUGAUACAGUGUUUGCGGAUGAAAUCGAUCAAAUAUUGAUUCGCAUUGAAAACAGCGUUGGGUGGGGCAAAGCGCCCUCAAGUCAAGACAAUACCAGUCUUCUUCGUCAAUACCGCAAGGCAAUGGCGCGCAUUAUUGGAUCGCGCAGUUCCAUGUCCAAAUUCGACGAUAUGCUCGAAGUGGAAGCGCGACGCUUCCUUUGGCGUGUGCUCAACCACCCGAAAGACUUUGUGAACCACACAAGAACUGCCGCCGGUGCAUUCAUUCUGAAAAUCACCUACGGAUACAAUAUCGAGCCGCAUCUGAGCGACCCUCUUGUAUCCUUGGCUGAUUUGGCACUCCAACAAUUUUCGGCUUCAGUCGUUCCUGGUGCUUGGCUAGUUGACAUGAUUCCAUUUUGGGCUGGGUUCAAGAAGACCGCGCGUUUCUACGCUCACACCUUGACCCGCCUUGUCGAAGAACCAUUUGCAUUCACGAAAUCGCAAAUGGCAGACGAAAAGCACAACUCGUUCACUGCGAACCUGCUCCAACAGGGGGAAGAUGAAGAGAUCGUGAAAUGGUCAUCAGUUGCACUAUAUAGUGCUGGAGCAGAUACGACUGUUUCUGCUCUCCAGGGCUUUUAUCUUGCAAUGAUGCUUCACCCUGAAGUUCAGCGAAAGGCACAAGCAGAACUUGAUCAAGUGCUCGGAAAGAAUGUAUUCCCUUCAGUUGCAGACAGAGACAGACUGCCUUAUAUCAACGCUGUUGUCAAAGAGGCUCUGCGUUGGCACACCGUUGCGCCCCUUGGGUUGCCUCACAAAACCGAUCAAGACGAUGUGGUGAACGGCCACUUGAUACCAAAGGGAGCCUUAUUGCUUGCAAACAUUUGGUCCUUCAAUAAUGACUCCGAGGCCUAUAACGAUCCUACUGUGUUUAAUCCUGAGCGAUUCUUGCUCGACUCAGCCUCCACUACAACUCCAGAUCCCUACAACGUGAGCUUCGGCUUUGGACGACGCUUAUGUCCUGGUCGUCUGGUUGCAGAUAUUUCUCUCUUCCUUACAAUCUCUCACACCCUUGCUGUUUUCAAUAUCACGAAGCCUCUCAACAAAGAUGGACAGGAGGUUGAGUCCUCUGUGAACUUUACCCCUGGUAUCAUCAGCCACCCCGAGGAAUAUGAGUGCGUUUUCACCCCGCGGAGCAACGAGCACCGUGAGCAUGUCCUUGAAUUCGAGCGCAAUCAUCCAUUUGAGAAGGGUGACGCUCCCUACCUGAAAGAGGUUCUCAAGGAGAGACAAACGCUGGCAUGA